CACUAUACUUUUCAUAUAAUAGACAUAAUUUUAUAAGUCAAAUAGUGAAAUUAAUAUUACUAACUUCAAAAUUGAAGUUCUAACUUUAAAAACUGUUAGCUAAAAUAAUGUUGUGAUUAUUAAUGUUUAGGUUAUUCUGGUACAAGCAGUAAAUUAUCUAAGGACAAUAAAAUUUGAUACAGAAUGACUAUUAGAGUAAAGCUUAGUAAUUAUUAGUUUUGUUGAAUGUUGACUAUUUUGCAUUUGGAAUGAUAUGUGGCUUUUAUGGCUUUGAGAAUUCUUCUACAAUUUACCUGUGUUCUUUCAUUUUGCUUUUGUUCAAGUUUGAAUUAUUAGUUUAUCUAUUUCUUACCAAAAAGGUGCGCCUCACCUUGCGCCUACGCCUGAAUCUGGCGCCUUGGUGUGCCUUGAGCAUUUAAAAUCACUGGACAGCCACUAUGGAUAAUGACUGCAUGAAUGUAACUUUUUCUUCUCUAAAAGGUUAACUUAGUUUAAGUCAAAGUAAGACGAUUUCCAAAAAUCAGAUGUUUCUUGGGUUUAUUUCUGUGUGUUGUAUAUUUCAGUACUCCCUAGUCUAAUUACAUCGUGUGGUUUAAAUCUAUUUUCUAUGAAUUACUUGGUAAUUACAAUGUAUGUUGUUUAUUUUGUGUGGUACAAUUUCAUAUAUUUUUGGAUCUUCAAAAGUAAGAUCUGUAUCUACCACUGAAGUUGCAUUUCCUCAAAAGUGAACUGUUUGUGUUCUCUGUCUUUUCUUUAAUAAUUGAGAGUUGUCUGGUUUUCAACCUGAAAAUUGAUUGGUUCUUUUCAAAAAAUUCAUUAUAUCAUACUAUUUCAUAUGCCUAUCCUGGUUAAUGAAUGGAAAAAAAAGUACUUUUGCAUGUAUUCCUUAGUUUUUGACAAUUCCAUGUGAAAUAAUGAAUACCUGUGCAACUUGACUUCAACAUUUGUAAAUUGAAUAUUAUGUCUGUUGAUUUAGUUAUUUGGCUUCAUUCAUCUACUUGAAAUUUCCCCUGGUUUCUAUGGUCAGGUUGUUGCUAGUUUAUCGAAAAUUUAUCCAAAGGUUAUGGAAGCUCCUGCUGGUGGAGUCGAUGACAUGACUAAGCUAUCAUAUUUGCAUGAGCCUGGAGUUUUGCAGAAUUUGGCACUGAGAUAUCAGACCAAUGAAAUUUAUACUUAUACUGGAAGUAUUCUUAUUGCCAUUAAUCCAUUCCAAAGACUGCCUCAUCUAUAUGAUGGUCACAUGAUGGAACAAUACAAGGGAGCACCAUUUGGGGAACUGAGUCCUCAUGUUUUUGCUAUUGCUGAUGUUGCUUAUAGGGCAAUGAUCAAUGAGGGCAAAAGCAACUCCAUUCUGGUCAGUGGUGAAAGCGGGGCUGGUAAGACAGAAACUACUAAAAUGCUCAUGCGGUACCUUGCCUUUAUGGGUGGUCGUAAAGGCACUGAAGGAAGGACUGUUGAGCAACAAGUUCUAGAAUCAAAUCCAGUUCUUGAAGCAUUCGGCAAUGCAAAAACUGUUCGAAAUAACAAUUCCAGCCGUUUUGGUAAAUUUGUCGAGAUUCAAUUUGAUAAGCAUGGAAGAAUUUCAGGAGCAGCCAUUAGAACUUAUCUUCUUGAGAGAUCUCGUGUCUGUCAAAUUUCAGACCCAGAACGGAAUUAUCAUUGUUUUUACCUUCUUUGUGCAGCACCACCAGAGGAAGUUGCGAAAUACAAGUUGGGAGAUCCUAAAUCAUUUCACUAUCUUAACCAAUCAAAUUGCUAUGACCUCGUUGGUAUAAGUGAUGCUCAUGAUUAUCUUGCCACUAGGAGAGCUAUGGAUAUUGUUGGAAUCAGUCAGAAAGAUCAAGAUGCAAUUUUCAGAGUUGUGGCUGCAAUUCUUCAUCUUGGUAAUGUUGAAUUUACUAAGGGGAAAGAAAUUGAUUCUUCUGUUUUAAAAGAUGACAAAUCCAAAUUCCAUCUUCAAACGGCAGCAGACCUUCUCAUGUGUGAUCUUGGUGCAUUGGAAGAUGCACUGCUAAAGCGUGUAAUGAUCACCCCAGAAGAAGUUAUCAAGAGAAGUCUUGAUCCUGUUCAGGCAACAGUUAGCAGGGAUGGUUUAGCUAAGACAAUAUAUUCCCGUUUGUUUGACUGGUUAGUUGAUACAAUUAAUGUUUCAAUUGGACAAGAUCCUAACUCGAAAUCCUUGAUUGGGGUCCUUGACAUCUAUGGUUUUGAAAGCUUUAAGACUAAUAGUUUUGAGCAAUUUUGUAUUAAUUUCACAAAUGAGAAGCUGCAGCAACAUUUCAACCAGCAUGUGUUCAAGAUGGAGCAAGAAGAGUACACAAAAGAGGAGAUCAACUGGAGCUAUAUAGAAUUUGUUGACAAUCAAGAUGUCCUGGAUCUUAUUGAAAAG